AUGAAAUUCUCUUUUGCCUUUGUUCUGAUUUCUCUGGUUUUCGGUCUCGGUUUCGAUCUCGAUCUUGUCUCAGCAGCUCCCCCGUCUUCCACUGUUCCUACAUAUAAUCCUGCCGUCUCGGGUGAAAAUUGUUUUUCUCUCACAAACCCUGUUAAUGGCACGGUCUGGGAUAGCUACGGAACAUAUGCUGUCAGUUGGGAUGUCAAGGGAGAAUGCCAGGGUGACUACUACGUCUACAUGCUCUCAGUGAGCACAGAUACGGAUGGACAGAUUUCCUUGGGACAUGCCCAGCACUCUACUUUGACUGUUGAUCUGGCAUCCGGUGGAGCCGUUGUAAAUCUUUCUCAGGAUGAACACGCUGGUGAUUAUGUGUUUGCCAUCAGCACAGAUACUGCAGAAGGCUUGGACUAUAAUGAUUAUGCGUUUGUUAAGUGCAGUAUGUGUAAUAAAAUGGGUAGUAGAUCAGAUAACAUCUUUACUACCGAUACUCUGGAAAUUUCCAAAAUACACACAAGUAGCUUUCAAGAAACCCGAUAA